UGGUGAAGGAAAUCAAAGAAUGUUAACAAAAGCACACGCGGCUUUUUGUGGCUCUGACCAGCGUCUAUUUGUCUUCUGUGCAUCACAAUUGACAGCCUACACCCCAGCCCUGAUACAGAAGACCGAUCGUGUGUACUACAGCAUGUAUUGCCUAUUACUGGCUUUCUAUCUGCAUACCAUUUAAAUAUUCAUCGGUAAAGGCUUUGCCACCUUUUCCACGAGAGCGCAUGAUAAGUAACUCGGAUCUGCCCAUAGUUAAUCAAGAAGAAGAAUAUAACCUACUAACUUUUUAUCGGAGCUACCAAAGUAAAGAAGGCUACGCAUUUCGCUACACGUGGGUCUAUUUGUACUUGUACUGUACAACCGCAUCUCAUUCGCAUCGCUGCCCCCGUUUCGAAUAUCAAUUUUUAGGCCAUCACAUACCUUUUCUGAUCGUCUGAUCAAUUGGGGAUAGAACAUGUCAACGACAUGGAUUACAAUCAAAUAUGCAUCCUUACACUCUGAACAGCUGGUGUACCCAUGCACGAGGAAAGAUCUGCUAGAUGUGUUACAUACUGCACAAGAUGCAGAUGUUAAAAGUGUAACGUUGGCUCGCCUUCUCCGCGGACGGCAUUUGCUCCAAAUUUUUUCGGCUAUUUCUGCGCUUUUAGAGUUUGCGAGCUGCCUCACAAAAUUAGCUUGGCGUAUCUGAAUUUUCUGUUCUUUUCAAACGGUUCUUCUUGUGCAUUAACGUGUCCAAAUUGGUGAGAUAAACAUCGUAGUAAUUGUAUUAGUUCCAUUCUAAUGAAAUUCUUUCUUUCUUGACAAAAAUUGAGUUCAUCUCUUCUUAUAUAGUUCUUUCCAUUCCCUUGAGCUUCUUGUGCUUGAAAAUUGUCAGAUAUACGAGUCGUUCGUGUCGUUCAGAUCUCAGUACUGAGAUUAAAUAUGUAGCAGUGUUUAUGAAACAACCCGUUAAGCCGGAACAAGGACUUGCCUCUAGUUUGCUGUGGCUUAAAGUAUACUAAUAUCUGAAACGAAGCGUAGAAAACGUUGUUUGGUCCGGCUGAUACUAUUGAGUAUUGCACUAGAUGGGUUGUAUAUAUGUACGCCUC